AUGUCCUUAUACAAGGCAAGAAAAAUUAGUUCUUUGCGUGAAUCACUUGCGUAUAAAUUACCGAGGAAAAUUCUGAUUAGGCCCGAUAGAUUAAGAGGUCGUUAUUUAUUUCGAUCAGCCGUGCGGCGAGUUUUGGAAUAUAUGGAAUGGAUAUCAGAGGAACAGAUCGAGGAAAUUAGCGAUGAUGUAACGAUUGAUAUUAGAACAGCUCAACAGAAGCGUGAAAUGGAAAAAAAAUUACUUACAUUAAAGGAUCGAUCGAUACUUCUAAUAACAGCAUCGGAAAGAUCUUCCGCCGAUAAAGCAUACAUAUAUGAUCUUAUCACAAAGUUCCACGCAUUCACAAAGCAUUCUGAGGAUUUGAGAGAAAAUCUGGCAGCUGUAUGCUUUUAUCAAUAUUUACCGUCUGGUCGGGUAAUCGUUCGUCAGGGUCAUAAAGCGAGAAAUCUUUAUUUUAUUAUAAAUGGUGAGAUCAAUUUGUCAAAAGUAGUGAUCGAUGAUUUAACAGGUGAAGAAAAAGUUGUAGAUAUGGGGAGCAUACAUCCAGGAGAUAUGUUUGGUGAAGUUGCAUUAUUGCACACGGUACCGAGAACAUCAACGAUAAUUACUGCAACGUCGGUCGAUUUGCUUCUAAUUACUGAAGACGAUUUUAAUAACGUCUUGCGCAGUAGUUUGACAAAAAAGUGGGAUGUUCUGAAAGAUGCGUUGGUUCAUUUUAAUUAUUUUAAGUUGUGGGAUGAAGAGACGAUACGAGAAUGUUGUAUUUUGAGCAAAUUAAAAGACUUCAAACCUAAUGAGAUUUUGUUAGGUGAUGGAAAAGGCAUGGUGAAUUAUGUGCAUUUUAUUCUGAAAGGUAAAUGUCGCCUUAUUGAACAUAUGCUUGUUCAUGAGCGUUCUUCUUAUCAUGGAAUGCAAUACGAACUAUACGAAACCUACGGUCCACAACGAAGAGUGCCAAAAAAGAUUGCGGAACCUGACAAGCUUGAAUCAAAUCAAUUUGAUAAAUUCAUUCCAGUACGAAUUAAGAAGAAAAACUCUGUUAAAACACAAGAGGUUGAUCGAUUAAGCAUUGUCACUACCACACUUAUAGACGUUUGCAUUGUUAAUAAAUAUUAUAAAAUCAAGGUUAAAGGAUGGCAUGAAAUUACUGAUAUUGCGGAGAUAUUAAUGCGAGAACCGUCUGUUACAUCUGAAUUACAUUAUCCCAGUGAUGUUCGCACUAUAUUCAUGCAAAUAUGCACUUUUUCACGGGGUGCGUGUUUUGGUUUAGGAGAAAACAUGCUUCAUCGAAGAAUCGUAGCGCUUACGCCAGUACGAUGUUUUCUUAUCCCACGAUAUUGGUUAUUCGAGCAUAACCGUGCCAAUAUUUGGGGACGUGUGAAACUGUUCUUGGACUUAAAGUAUCCAACUAAAAAACAGCUAUUUAAUGAAUUUCUUCUAAAUCGAAAAUGGAUGACGUACAAGCAGAAUUUAGUUAAAGAUGCCCUUAAUCGACGUGGUCAUUUUCAUAGUAAUAUAAUGGUACACGACGUGCCGUAUUCUAUCAGAAUUACUGAUGAAAUAGAUCCAAAACUAUGAUUAUUCUUCUCUAUUGUUUCUAUUAAAUAAAUAUAAUUUUAAAUAAUACUAUUGUAGUAUAA